CUAUUUGUGAGCCACCGCGUUGCUAGGCGCUUUUUGUUUUUGUUCGUCUGGACAGCAGCGCACGUCAAAGUUUCUGAAGUUUGUUCUACAUUAACUGUGCAAUCGUAUUGCUGUUCAGAGCCAGUUUGUUUUUGAUGAAAGUUACUUGUACUAGUACUAUAUCCAGCUUCAGCUUUGGGAGUAUGGUUCGUUAAAUAGACGUUGCUCGGCAGUUGUAGUUCGCCUCACAUUAAGUCGAUUUCAGAAAAAAACAUACACUAGCUAGCUUAGCCUAGUUUGCCAUGCUUUCCUUAUAUUAUUAAAUUGCGAAACAAGCCAUGGGGAGAAAACUGCCUAAGUGAUAUGCGUACGUGUGUCCACUUUAUACUGACUUGUACUAGCUUUUAACCUGAAAAGACACCGGACUUUUCCUCUGGGUCAAGGCUUCCUCGCUGAUGGAUCUGUACCAUAUUUUGGAGGUUAUCGGGGAAGGGUCAUUCGGCCGAGUGUACAAAGGCCGCAGGAAGUUUAGCGGCCAGGUUGUGGCUCUGAAGUUCAUUCCCAAAGUUGGCCGCUCGGAGAAGGAUCUGCGCAGUUUGAAAAGAGAGAUUGACAUCAUGAGGGGGCUUAAACAUCCCAACAUAGUGCUGCUUUUAGACAGCUUUGAGACAGAGAGGGAGGUGGUGGUGGUGACUGAGUAUGCGGAGGGUGAGCUGUUUCAGAUCCUGGAGGAUGAUGGGAGUUUACCUGAGAAUCAGGUGCGUGAAAUAGCCUGCCAGCUUGUUUCUGCCCUGUAUUAUCUGCACUCCCAUCGCAUUUUGCACCGUGACAUGAAACCACAAAACAUCCUGCUGGGAAAAGGAGGAGUAGUAAAGCUCUGUGACUUUGGAUUUGCACGUGCCAUGAGUGUGUCCACCUUGGUGUUGACUUCUAUUAAGGGGACUCCUCUCUACAUGUCUCCGGAAUUAGUGGAAGAGAAACCUUAUGACCACUCGGCUGACCUUUGGUCUCUGGGCUGCAUCCUCUAUGAGCUCCACACGGGGGCGCCUCCGUUCUACACUAACUCCAUCUUUCAGCUGGUGCAGCUUAUAGUGAGAGAUCCAGUGAAAUGGCCAGAGAACAUGAGCCAAGACUGCUUGAGUUUUCUGAAGGGAUUGCUAAUGAAAGACCCAGAGAAGAGGUUGUCAUGGCCUGACCUGCUUCAUCAUCCUUUUGUUGCAGAUGGAGUUCUGAUGUUGACAGAUGAGGGUUCAAGCAACCCCCUGACAGUCCCACCCAGCCCCGACCUACAGGCCCAGAAACACCAGCAGGCUGCUGAGAAGACAACGGCACGCAGCGGAGAGGGCAAACUACUGCGCAAAGCUAGAGAGCUUCGGGAGAAAGAGAAGAUUAACAGACGGGAGAUUGCGAGUGGAAGUGCUGCGCGCGCCAGUCAGACACGCUGUAAGACAGCUUCUGCUGGAGGAGCCCCCACCACUGGCCACUCAUUGGGCAGCACCUUUUCAGUGUAUCAAAAUUCAUCUCAGCCAGCAACCAAUCAGCAUCAAGCAAAUGACAACAGUGUUACCAGAGUGCGCUUAGCUCCACAUAAAGGCCAGAUCAGUAGAGACUAUGAGAGGGAGUUCCCUUCGGUUGAGGUGGGACCCCGGCAGGUUCUGAAGCACCCUGGACACGCACGGACCAGUCUGGCUUCUGUCAGGAUGGACAGUGAGGAACAAGAUAUCGAUAGUGAUUCUGAGUGGCAGCGAUUUAUUGAAUUAAGUUAUCAGGGCUCUGUAAACACUUCCAUUCUUCAGAGAUUAAAGACCAAGUUGCUUGUAACCAAAAACCAGCUAUUGGUCAGGAAGGGUGAAGAGGCCUCUUUAAAUCUACAGCCACUACAGAUCCUCAGGAACAUUGUUCAGAACUGUCAGUCUGGUGAUGUUAAAACACUGGGUAAAGAGUUGGAACUGCCUCAUCUACUGUUCAGUCUGACUGAAGAUAUCCUGAACAUUCCAGAUCUAAUGCAGGAGUCUCAGGGUGAGACAGUAUUGGGAGAACUGAUGAAUGUGCUCAUAAUGUACCUGGAAAAGAGCCCAGGCUGGGAGAUAAAGGGAAGAAGAGCUGAGGAUCUCUGUCAGCUAUUUAUAUCGGUAUUUCUCUGUCAAGACCCAAAGCGUUCAGCGCUUUUGGCAACAGCAGUCUUAACCUUGUUCACUCGCCGGGGUAUAUCUGUGAAUGUCAGUAUGGAAAGGCUUACAGCCUUUUUGGGGAAUAUUUUGACAGACACAGCAGAGGCACAUAACCCCUUACCUGCAGGUUGGGGCAUGUGUGAUGGCCUUCUGUCACUGAUUCUCCACAGACUAUCUGAGUGUGAAAGCAGCCUACUGCUUGACUUUAAGGACUCGGAGCUUUGGCUCUGCUUGUGGGCUAAAGUGAAAGCCUCUCUGGAAAACACAACAUCCCAAAGUUGCUGUUUCUCUCCUAACGGUCUGUAUGUGUUCCUUUCUCUCGCUUUAUUGGUUUUCUCCAGCGAUCCGUAUAAGUGUAUGGCUCUCCUGUCAGAUAACUCCACAAACUGCUCCUCUGCCCUCAGCCACCUUCUCACCACCAGUUGCAGCGCUUCAUUGCUUGAGCGUGGUCUUUUCUGGGGUGACUCAGAAAUAAACAGCCUAUCAGUGAUGAGCUGUCAUGUUCUCUGCAUCCCCUUCUCUCUGGAGUUACCCCUAGAAAAACUUCUUUCUGUUCUCCAAUCGUAUCAAAGCUCAAAUAUUGUGGCCGGUCUGCUUAAGAUGAUUCAAACUCUUCCCGUUGCCCUGGUGGAGCUUCCGUUGUGUCUUCUUAAUCGUAUGCUGGUAUCUGACCCGCAGCACACUGCUCCAUGCCUUAUCACUGCAGCCCAGGCCUCCACUUUCCUCCCUUACAGCACAGAAGGCUCAGACAAUGGAGCAGACCACACUCAGAAUCAACUUAACCACUUCGGGAAUGGUGUGGAGCGAAUUAAGAGCAAUGGAAUCGCAAAGAAAACCAAGACCGAUCAUAUCAAAAGUGACAUCAAAUCAAAGAAGAGGUUAGAGCGGCUCAAAGGCAACAUAGAUGAUUCCAUAAAGACGCAAUACCAGCCAUCCAGGAACAAGACUGAGAAAAUCAGAGAGGUCCAACCAAAAACCAAAAUAUAUCCACAGAACACCAUGGAACAACUAAGAGAUAAAUCAGAGCAGCAGAGCGGUUGUAUAGAGGAGCUCAUGGACAGUUUGGAGAUCCAUGGCAGUUCUGCAGGACGUCUCCAAGACCUCUCACCUCAGCCAGGGUGCAGCAUCAGCUGGCUCAUAGACAGUCUGGAGGAAUUAAGAAGUUGUGAUCACCCCAAGAUCUCCACGGCUACAAUUCGAUCUUCACCAGAAGAGGUCAGAACAGCAGGUUCUCUGUUGGCUGUUCUGCUACAAAGUGAACUUCUCAGUGGGUGUGCAGUGGAACUCCUUAUCCUUCUCUCCCAACUAACACGUCAUCUCACCCAUCAGUCUCCCUUCUUUCUUCCGGUCGAAACCACCCAACUGCAGUUUGCAUUGCGCCACCACGAUGAUGGAAUCCGAGCGGCCUGCUGUGGCUUACUGGGCCACCUGGGCUCAGGUGUCAGGACGGCCUGCAAGGCGGUGGGAAACUGGCUGAGUGUAAUGGGAAAAACCAAUCUAACUCUUUCUAAUAAAAGUUUCAAGAAUACGACUGACGUUAAUGCCUUGUCAGUACAAGACAAAUUGAGGAGGACACCAGCAAUGGAAGGCGUCAGACAUAGUGAGAGAGAUAUAUGGAUAGAGCUCGCCAUAGGAGCUGCCCGUCCCCUCGUGUCUUUGCUAUCAGAUGCUGAUAAUGUCAUUCGACAGCACUGCUGUGGGGCUUUGGGUAACCUGGCUGCUUUUGGCGGAGGGGAUGGAGCGCUUCUCAAUGCAGAUGCUCCAGGCAUGAUCCUCCAAACUGCCUGUAAUGAUUCCCAUCAUGCAGUGCGACGGGUGGCUGUGGCCACUCUGCGUGUGUUUAGCCAACAAAACACGUUACUUCAGGCUCUGAGGUCUCUAGAUGCAGGAAGAAAACUCAGUCGCACAUCCCAAAGCUCUUUAUUUCAGAGAGAUUAUCAAUGGCUUGUCAGCAAGUUGGACGGAUCGGUUGAAGGGAAAACAUAAACAUCAGCCUCAUAGUUUUUGUGUAAGAGAGAGGAUGUAAUUUCACAUUAUUCAAAUAUGAAUAGCUUGCUGCUUCUGUGGCUGGAAAAGCUUUCUGUUUGCCUGAAUUUAUUUGAUCUGUGAUCAAAAGAGUUUGACUACGUAUUCCCGGAAAAUGGCAUUAACUCCAUAACUCCAAACAUCCCCCAAAAAUAAACAUUAUAUCUUACAUUUAAAUGUACAUUUAGAUAUAUUUCAAAUGUAAGGUUUUUAUUAUUAUUCAGCGAAUGUUUGCGUUUUUGAUUCUCACACACGUAUAUUUAAGACUGUUAAGAUUGUGUUUGCUCUUUUUUCUGUAUAGGACAAAACUGCACUUGUAUUUUUAUGAUGCGACUAUUUUGCAGCCUUCAUUUUUUGUAUUUAUUAUUUCCUAUUAUUUUAUAUAAAUUUAGCCCAGCUCAAAAAAAUAAAUAAAUUGUAUCUAUGUAGCUAUCGAAAAAAAAUCGGUGUUUCCUAAAGGAUAUAUUGUAAUUAGCUACGUAAUGUAAGUCUUUUCGGGAGAUAAAAAUGUGAUAUUCGGAUUUCAUUAGUCACAUAAUUAUUUUGUUGUUUCCAUUAUACAAGUCCUUAAAUGAAUAAACAGAAUUUCCUAAA